AUGCUCUUCACGCAUCCAACCUCGGUGGCCGCCCUCGUCGACUGGGCCUCUUCCCCUGAACGGAAGGACAAUAUGGUCCCCCGAGAAGCAUUCACCAUCCGUGCCUUCAGCCUUGGCCCGCAGCGACUCUGGGUGGCUUUCGUCCCUGCUGACGCCAACAUGAAGAUUCAAGGAUUCUGGAUGCAUCCAGGCGUCGGCAUCUCGACCAGACAAGCCCAGGAGGCCUUCUCUCAUAUCGAUGUUCUUGAAGAGAUCCAGGUCGACUCCGAAGUCCUUGCAAUACCAUUGGAAGCGGAAACUAUCUAUGCUGCUCUCCGCGAGCGCAUCAUUGGCAUCGUCAAUCGGGCUCCGCUCUCGACCUCUAACCGUCCCACAUCGUCAGAUGUCUACCUCUUUCCAACCGGCAUGGCCUCUAUCUAUCGCUUACAUCAACUCCUUCUCAGGACAUCCCCCGGUCCCACCGUCGUCUUCGGCUUCACGUUCCACAGUACCCAACACUUGUUUGAAGAUUUCCACCCGCCCGACGCACCCUUCCUCAACCUCGGCAACGCCGACGCCGCCGAUCUCGCCACCCUGCGCACCUACCUCGCCGACCUUGCCUCCCAAGGCAAAACCAUCCAAGCCCUCUGGACCGAAUUCCCUAGCAACCCCAACUGCGUGACUCCCGACAUCGCCGCUCUACGUGCGCUGGCCGACCAGUACGGCUUCCCCCUCAUCAUCGACGACACGGUCGCCAGCCCCGCCAACGUCGACGUCAUGCCCUACGCCGACAUCACCAUUACCUCGCUCACCAAAUCCUUCUCAGGCUACUCCGACGUCAUGGGCGGCAGCCUGAUCCUCAAUCCAUCCUCCCGCCUCUACAACCACUUCCACACCCUCCUCGCCACGCACUACCACAAUGGUCUACACCACGCCGACGCCGCCGUCCUGCUCGCCAACAGCGCCGACUUCCUGUCCCGCAGCGCGAUCCACAACCGCAACACCGCCGCCCUGGCUGGCUUGCUUGCUACCUCCCCACUUAUCACAGAGGUCUACCACCCGCUACACCUCCCCGACUCACGACCGCACUACGAAGCCAGCAUGAGGCCUCCCACCGAAGACUUCACGCCGGGAUACGGCCUUCUGCUUUCCGUCGAGUUUGUGUCUCUGACUGCAUUGACUGCGUUUUAUGACGCCCUCGACAUCUACAAAUCCCCACACCUCGGCGGCCACGUCACGCUCGCCCUGCCGUACAUGUAA